GGGUUCGGCUUGCAGUCUGUUUCUCCGUCAUGAAGGCAAGAUGGCGGACCCUAGCGGCAACCAGGGUUCUAGAGCUAGUAAUGCCUUGCAAAAACGACAGGAUUCCCUUAGGCGAUGGAAAGGCAGUGAAACCGAUAGACAACCUGUAGACCGCUCAAGGAAGAAGCCCAAAAUACAAUUCAACUCAGGAAUUGUUUUUCUUUCGGCGGUCUCUAGCGGUGACGUGGAUGAGGUUAAGAAAUUGUUAGCUAAAGGAGCUGAUAUAAACUAUCAAAAUGUCGAUGGACUUACUGCUUUACACCAGGCUUGCAUCGAUGAAAAUUUCGAUUUGGUCAAGGUUUUGGUGGACAAAGGCGCUAGCAUGGACGUUCGGGAUAAUGAAGGAUGGACAUCACUUCAUGCCGCUGCCAGUUGUGGAAGUGUAGAAAUAGCAAAGUAUCUAAUUGAGAAUGGUGCAGAUGUAGCGGCUGUCAACAAUGAGGGCGAACUUCCGCUGGACUUGGCAGAGGAAGAAGACAUGGAGGACUUACUUACAGACGAAAUAGAAAAUCAAGGAAUUGAUGUUGAUGAUGCACGAGCAGUAGAAGAGAAAAUUAUGUUAAAUGACGCACAAAGCUGGCUGAAUAAAAAUUGUAUAAAUGAAUCAAAAGACAAGACAGAAGCUUCAGCCUUGCAUGUGGCAAGUUCUAAAGGGUAUCUCAAAGUUAUAGGAUUAUUAUUACAGCUUGGAGUUGAGAUCAAUGCUAAAGAUGCAGAUAAUUGGACUCCACUCCAUGCGGCUGCUCACUGGGGCCAAAAGGAUGCAUGCGAACUUUUAUCAGAAAAUGGUGCUGAUUUUAAUGCUAGGAAUAAAAUGGGUCAAACACCAAUUGAUUUAGCCGAACCUGAUAUGGUAAAAUUUCUAGAAGACCUAAAGAAAAGGCAAAAUGAUAAACCAAAAAUUAAACCGAUUUCACCAUUAAUAAAAACUAAUUUGGAAACAUCAGGUCCACCUCCAUUAAAACGAAGCCCCACUGGUUGUAAGGAUCCAACAUAUAACAGUACUGACUAUGAUAUCGAAGGACUGAUGAGCUCCAUUACAAGAAUAAAAGAUCAAAAUUUGUUUCUACGGGAUAUUAACCAAGAGCGCAUGCAACUGGAGGCUAGCCGAGAAAAGGAUGGCCCUGCCCCCACCAAGCCACGCCUAGGGUACGUUAAGGUGCCCAGCUUCGCGGAGUCCCCUAAAGAGGACAAGGAGAAGGAGAGGGCGUUUAGUUAUAACAAGGAUGAAAGUGAAAGCGAGACCGAGAGUGAGACGGAGAGCAGCACCGAGGAAAGCUCAUCUGAAGAGGAACAAAAGCCUCCGCCCAGAACAACUCCUGUUCGAAAAACCGCCGUGAACUCGAUACCUGCGAAACCCUCACAACAGCGCGCACAGCUCAAAUCUGAAUCCACGGGCUCCGAAAGCGAGACGGAAACCUCGUCGGAAGAGGAAGCUGCUCCUACGAAGACACCGCCAAGCACGGUCAACUCCCGGACACCCGUCACUCGUGCUCAGAGCACACCCUCUUUGAGCUCCUCUGUGACCUCGCCUACGUCUCGACAGCCUGUCACUACUGGCGGCAGCAGGGCGCUGAAGUCCCCCUUCCUAGAUCAGGACAAGAAGGGGCCUGCCUCGCCCACGACACCGACCACACCCAGCAGAACUUUCGGCUCAAGGUUCGCAGAUCGGGAGGAGAAAAAAGAACCGAGCUCGCAAUUCGGAUUCCCGACUCGGACGACUGCGGCAACGACGACUACUAACAGCACAACGAGUAGCAUUCGGGAUAGGUUCGGCUCGCGCUCGUCCGCAACGACGACGACUGCUACUACGGAUAGCACGACGAGUAGCGUUCGUGAUCGACUCGGCUCUCGAUCGUCGCAGGACGAGAAAGAGCCGCCUUCGUCGGCCGGUGGUCGGAAAGCACGAAAGGUGACGAAGCGUGCUGGUACGGCUUUCGUUGGUAGUAUCGAUAAUGACGAUGAGGAGGAGGAGGAGGAAGAAGAGAAGAGCAACGAUCUCGACAGCGCGAAGACCACGGAACCUACUUCUCACGCUGGAACCACUGACCGCACCUCUAGAACACGGCUAGGAGCCACCUCAGCAGACCGAGACAAAAAGGAGCCAGAGGCGGAUACAUUCACCACACGGCGCAGUCGUCUUCAGGACCAAAACAAAGAGAAUGAGGAGGGAGAGGUCUCAUCAUGGCGAAGAAAACGGCUAGAACGAGAGAGGGAACGGGAAAAAGAAAAGGAGAAGGCUGAGGUGCCAUCUUACAGGCGCAAUCGCUUCCAGGACGCAGAAAAGGAGCGCGAACAGCGGAAGGUGAGAGAGUCUGAACGUUUAGAAAAAGAAAAACAGGAGAGAGAGACUAAAGAGCGAGAAUUACUAACCUUGAGAGCUAAGCAGGAGAGAGAAACUAAUGAGCGAGAGGAGAGACGGCAGAAGUUGAAGGAGAACCUGGAUACGCAAGAGAAGGAUUCAGAUGACUCUAUUGGAUCUAUGACUGCACAGAGCAGGGUUCGACGGCAGCGAAGGUUGCGGGAAAACCGCCGCAGCACUGGGGUUGCUUACAUGCCCACUGAUGAGGCUGAGGAUGAUUCCACUGCAGAAGCGAGGGCAGCUAAGAGGAAUACUAAAGUUAAUGAGGAGCGACCAUCAUACAGAAGGAGCAGACUGCCGGAGAGGGGGGAUACAGAGUCAUCGGCCUCAGACCGAAGUAAAGGCUCAAGAGGUACCGAUACUACAGCCCGCGAUACUCGACAGGCCCCCGCCACAGUUACAGCCCAGACGAAUAUCCAAGUUACAGAGACAGAUCCCAUCAAACUGCGAGAGAAACUGCAAGAAGCUCUUAUAGAAGUCCAACAGUACAAAGUCAAACUCGAACAAGCUAUGCAGGACAAAGAAAAACUCGAACGUAAGCUGUCGAGCUUUAGCGAGGACAUGAAGCAAAUCAACGACCUAAAGGCAGAGAACCAGCGCCUGAAGGACGAGAACGGUGCCCUUAUCCGGGUCAUAAGCAAGCUCUCCAAGCCGCCCUCGUGACCUGCACGCGAUCUACCGCACCCUACUCCCCUUGGGCUAUUUAUUAAUCCGUGAUACGAACCCCCCUUCCUUGAAAGGGCUCGCACCUUCAGGGGAGGGGUGGGGAAGCAAAGAAGUCAUGCCUUUCCCAUGUUAAGCGACAGAGCAAAAAAAUGGCAAGUUAUCCCAAAAUAAGGUCUGGCUAACUUCGGUAAGCUUGAAAUUUUGCCUUACCUUAUAUUAUGUAAACCAACAUAUCAAAAAGUGUGUGUUUUUUUUUUUUUUCUAAUGGAUUUAUCUUCGAGAUAUGAGGCUUGAGAAGAGCAAUUUUCAAAUGUUCAAAGUACAAAUUUUCCUCGUUUUUAGGGAGAAGUCAGGCUUUGAUCAGAAAUUAAGCCAACUUUGCUCGCUAAUAUCUAAAUUUCAUAUCUUCUAAAUUUCUUUAAAAUUUGGAAUUAAGCUUUUGGUCAGAGGAACUCCUUGUAUGCGGAAUCUUGAGCUUAUAUAUUGAGAAUUGGAAAAUUUCAUGCCAUUUUUUUUGCUCUGUCAUGUUACGCUGACAAGUAGUAUGCCGCUGUGUGGAGGGGUAGGGGGCUAAUUUGUCCACACCGUUUUUUCGGGUAUUUGCAGUACAGGAAUGGGGUGGGGAUGAUUUUGUACCAGGCACUGUAGAUAUGUCUGUUUAUAUACAAUGAAGAACCGAAUAAUGAACAGAAAGUCAAACCAAAACUUAAUAAGAUUUUACAAUUUGGAGGUAAAGUGUCGGGUCGUGCUCGUAGUUUUAUAUAUAUUAUAUAUAUUAUUAUAUCGAUGUUUAGUGCUUAUUAUCUAUAAUUGUCUAUUUCCUAGCUUAUUUCACUAUAGGAUCCAGAACACUUUUCUAUUUCGUUAGUAGCGUCGUCCCCGUGGUCACCCCUUGGCCGUCAAGGGCCUGGACAGAGACACGUGGCUUUCACGUGAUCUGCAGUGUAGGCGCCGUGCCGAAGGGUAGCUAUGGUAACGACAUGUUAGUCUAGGUUAGUUAUUAGAGCCCAUCAUUGAGAAGCCAGCCAUUGAUAGCGACAGCAGAGAGUUUAGUUUUGUAUGAUUAACCGCUGCGAGCUGUGCUUUUUUCGAACAACAAAAAAAUAUGACGAGUAAAGUAAUACGUAGCCCUAUUUUUAUGGGCAUUUUUCCAAACGAAUUAUCGUUCUCCAAAAUAACUGUUUCUGUUUAUACCACGCCUAAGAUCGUUUAAAAACAGCAUCUUUAUUGUAUAGACUGUAUUUUUGUAUCUCAUCGUCAUCGUCAUUUGUUAUAGGUCUUUAGCUCAAAAUUAAUUGCCCGUUGAGGUUUUCGCAAUUUAUUUCCUCUGAUCAACAAAUUGUUACAAUAUUAUUAUUCUCUCUUUUUCUGUUGACUAGCCAUAUAUUCAAAGUAGUUGCGGUAAUUUUGGAGAAUUGAAAUUUCCAAAGAAUAAAAGAGAAACUGAUUCAGAAAUUUAUGUAGCCAAUAAACAUGGUCGUUACAUCAUCGCCUAUGGGCUGGCCAUCCCGAUGCUUGUAGAGUAUGUCUGAUUGACAUCUAAUAAAGCAGUUCUGGGAA